CCCUCCGCUCCCCGUUGGUUCGUCCCGCCCGGCCGCCGCCGCAGGACUCGGUGCGGCCCAGCGUCCCCCCCCCGGCGCCUGCCGCAGUGGUAGAAGCCGCCAUCGCUCCCGUUCGCCGCCACCGCCUCGGUUGGAGCUCGCCGUCGCCGUCCCCGGGCGCCCCGUCCUCCCUCUGACAGUGUAUGAGUGAUCUAUAACCCUGAGUCCGCCAUGUCCACUCCGGCCCGUCGGCGCCUCAUGCGGGACUUCAAGAGGCUGCAGGAGGAUCCCCCGGCCGGCGUGAGCGGCGCCCCCUCCGAGAACAACAUCAUGGUCUGGAACGCCGUCAUCUUCGGGCCCGAAGGGACCCCGUUCGAGGACGGAACUUUCAAACUUACAAUAGAAUUCACAGAAGAAUAUCCGAAUAAGCCACCAACUGUUAGAUUUGUCUCUAAAAUGUUUCAUCCAAAUGUUUAUGCAGAUGGUAGUAUAUGUCUGGAUAUUCUUCAGAAUCGCUGGAGUCCUACUUAUGAUGUCUCCUCCAUCUUAACAUCCAUACAGUCUCUAUUGGAUGAGCCAAAUCCUAACAGUCCAGCAAACAGCCAGGCAGCUCAGCUAUACCAAGAGAAUAAGCGGGAAUAUGAAAAACGGGUUUCUGCAAUAGUAGAACAGAGCUGGCGUGACUGUUGACCCAGGAUGAUGCAAAUGAACACUCUGUUGAUGAGGAAAGUAAACAAAGUAUCCGAGUCAUCUUUUUCCUCCUAGCAUUUACUUUGAAAGCAGAAUAGCUGUUGUGCUGUUGCCACCCUCCCUCGCUGAAGCUUCUUCUCCUUGGACAUCAGAAAGCACCCACCUUGAAGUCAAGUGUUCUGUACUUGGGUUACUUGCGAAAGAGUUACUGAUGCUGAAUUCAUUUUCUGUGGUCCCUCUCCAGUCUUAGGGCAGUAUUGUGCAUUUCUGUAGUGUACACUAAGCUUUUAAUUGUAAUUGUGUUAUACACAGUGAUGCUUAUGUGUAGCUUGAUAAAAGGGAUGUUUAUAUACAUACACAUUUUUUAACUGAUAUUAACUAAAGUGCUGAUCUGUCCGGGCUGGUCAUUUACCUCUACUAUUGGUUUGGACCCCACUGCAUUUGUAAGUACUGAGUGAGGAAAUAAAUAACCUCUUGUUUCCCUUUUGUAUUGGUUUAUCAACUCCCUUACUCAUGGAAAAAACAACUCUUAAAUUGAUUCCAAUUCAAAAAAUCUAGUAGGAUGGGGGAGUGCUUGCUAUUUCUGCACUCCCCAGGCAAGAUUUAUGUACAGACAUACAUAAAAGAGUCUUGUUGUGGUACUUUGAUCUUUGCUUUGGGUGAGGAACAACCCCCUUUUCUUAUUUUAUUUUAUUUUGUUUUAAAGGACAUGCCUGCAGCGACUGUUUCAGUAAGUUUCUAUAGCCCUGUCACUGAGGCGUUCCUGGACAAAACCAGGUGGAGCUGUGGUACUCUGAGACCUUCUGCAUUAAGGAAGAGGUUAAAACUGAAGUGUUCCAGCUAGUGGAAUUAACUCCUUCAGUGUCUUUCUCCUGCCCUUUAUCUUUGGCUGAGAAAGAUAAGUUCUUGUGGCAAGUUUGAAUAACGGGGUAAGCACUUGAAUCCCUGCAGAUUCUGCUCUUUGUAGAUAACUGGUUUGUGCAAAGAGCUGCUGCACUCUGGAGUUAGUUUCAUAAAACUGAAGGGAAACUAUUUUUUCAACUCU